AUGAUGCUGGACUGUGAGAGCUUAGUGACGGUGAUCAUCGAUUGGUUUUCCAAGAACGAGAAGCCGAUCUUCCAAAUCAGGGUUGAGGAUGUUGCUCUGUACGCCACCGCGGUCGUAUCUUCAUUCGGCGGAGAGCGAUUGAAAGAAGACCCGUGUGAGACACUAGACGCGAGUUUAUUAGACGCUCCUAACAGUAUUGGCCAAAAGCUCAUGGACAAAGCUGAAGACCAUAUCCUGAACUCCGUCAUUGUCGUCGUGAAGCUUAUUGUGAAUGGAUUUCUACCACCUCCUGAAUUGUACUCCUCUAUACUCGGCAUAUUCUUGGCAAAAGACGGAAAUGAUUUAACGAAUCAAUUACUGGAAACCCAGACGACGGCGGGAGGUUACUUCCGGGAAAAUCUGGGAAAACUCGUUGAUAACGCUGAGCCCAACCAAUCACUGGCCAAGUAA